GAAUCAGUGUGCUCACUGUCGACCAACAUGAACAGCACAGAGAAGCUGAAAAUCUUACUUUUCUGCGGUUUGGUGCUGUCCGCCGCGGCAGGAGAGACGAAAAAGGCCACGGAGUCGAAAGUCCAGCCGAACGAAUCGAAAACGAAACGCGGCUUAGAGCUGAGCCUUGGUGAACACAGUUUCGGAGGAGGAUUCGGAGGAGGUUACGGAGGAGGUUACGGAGGUGGAGGUGGAGGAGGUUACGGAGGUGGAGGUGGAGGCGGCUUCGGAGGAGGCUACGGCGGAGGUAGCGAGACGGUAUCCGCGGAUCACGUAAAGGCGGUCACGGUUACAAAGACGGUCCAUGUGCCGGAACCGAUUCCGUACGAGGUCACGAAGCACGUGCCCUACCCCGUCAAAGUACCGAUUAAAGUACCGUACGACAAACCAGUCCCCGUCCACGUGCCACAACCUUAUCCAGUAACCGUCGAGAAGCACGUACCCUACCCGGUCGAGAAGCCAGUACCUUACCCUGUCAAGGUUCCUGUCAAGGUGCCCAUAGGCGUGCCGUAUCCGGUCAAGGUACCCGUCAAGGUGCCGUACACGGUGUCAAAGCCAGUACCCUAUCCCGUUAAAGUGCCCCUGGUCGUGAAGGAGGCUGUACCCGUUGUCGUGGAGGAACAUGGAGGAGGAGGAUACGGCGGUGGAUUCGGCGGUGGAUACGGGGGCGGCGGUGGAUACGGAGGCGGCGGCGGCGGCGGCGGCGGCGGCGGCGGCUACGGCGGUGGACACGAACUCAGCGGUUUCGAUCUCGGCAGUUACGGGCACCAUUGA